CCCCCCCCCGUGCAACGUGGGGCGGGGCCGGUGCGUGAAGAUGGCAGCGCUGAGCAGCGAGCCGCUGGGGCUGGAGCGGGACGUGGCGCGCGCCGUGGAGCUGCUGGAGCGGUUGCAGCGAAGUGGGGAGCUGCCCCCCCACAAACUGCAGGCUUUGCAGCGGGUUCUGCAGAGCAAGUUCUGCUCAGCCAUCCGCGAGGUCUAUGAGCAGCUCUAUGACACGCUGGAGAUCGCGGGCAGCGCCGAGAUCCGGGCCCACGCCACGGCCAAGGCCACGGUGGCGGCGUUCGCGGCGAGCGAGGGCCAUGCCCACCCCCGGGUGGUGGAGCUGCCCAAGACGGACGAGGGGCUCGGCUUUAACAUCAUGGGGGGCAAGGAGCAGAACUCGCCCAUCUACAUCUCCCGCGUCAUCCCCGGCGGCGUCGCCGACCGGCACGGCGGCCUCAAGCGGGGGGACCAGCUGCUGUCCGUCAACGGCGUGAGCGUGGAAGGGGAGCAGCACGAGAAGGCCGUGGAGCUGCUGAAGGCGGCCCAGGGAACGGUGAAGCUGGUCGUCCGCUACACGCCCAAGGUGCUGGAGGAGAUGGAGGCCCGGUUCGAGAAGAUGCGCACGGCCCGCCGGCGCCAGCAGCACCACAGCUACUCGUCUCUGGAGUCGCGGGGAUAGCACCCGUCUCGUCCCGUGCUGGGGAGGCCGGGGGCCCCCCAGGCCCGGCCCCCUAAAGAUUCCUUCCCCCCCCCCAGUUUUCGUGUGUAGCUGGGUCUAUUUAUCCGGCCUGUGCCAGCCCCGCCGUGAACCGUAUUUAUUCUCUUAUUUAAAUCUGACCCCUGUGCGUGAGCCGGUGUGAAUCCGCCUGCCGGCCAGGCUCUGGGGAACGACCCCCAAGCUCUGAGAGUCGGAGAGGGUGUGUGAGGGAGAUCCUGGCUUAUGGGCAGGGAAGGGGGAGGGGGCUCCUGGAGAAAUUCACUCCCCCCAAACCACCCACCUUACAGGAUUCUCCUUCACUUCCUGUCCCAAAUUCCUGUGCCUCUUUGCCUGUGCGCUCCACCCCAGAGGGGCUAUGUCCCAGCGCUGGGCGAGGGGUCCCCGUAUACCCAGCCCCAGCGCCCCACCCCAGAGCCAGCCGCAUCUCAGCGCCGGGCGAGAGGUCCCUGUGUACCCAGCCCCCACGCUCCACCCCAGAGGGGCUGCAUCCUAGCAUGUUGAUGAUGCAGUUUAGAGAGUGGCCACCAGGUGGCGACUUUGCUGCUUAACUGGAGGGGGGCGGGGGUGACACUUGGGGGACACUGGGCUUCAGGGUGUGUUGGGCAUUGGUGCCCCACACUCCCGACCUGCAGCCCCCUCCUAGCCCAGCCCUGGGCUCCUCCCCUCCCCCAAGUUCUGCCUGUGCCCCUCCCGAGCCGCAGCAUCAUUUCUGGUCCCUAGGAACCCCCCAUAUCUCCCAUGCCCUGUCCUUUCCAAGGCAGGGGGCACAGAGGCCGGGGGCUGGGCUCCCCUCCCGCCUCCCAGAUCAGGAGGGGGUGCGGGAAACGAACUUGGGAAUCAGGGACACGCCCGUCCCCCUGGAGUGAGUCACCCCCUCAAGUCAGUUUUUCUGGUUUGGCCGCUGGGUCUGCCAGGGAAAGACGGGGGUGAAAUUCCCAGAGAAGGAGUCAGAGGGUGGGGCUGGGCGGCAGGACUCCUGGGUUCUCUCCCCAGCUCUGGGAGGGGAGUGG